GACCUAGAACAUUUUAAACACAACACUGUUAGGUAGCAUAAGGAUGAAGGCUCUAAUUAUUCUGGCUCUCUUUGCUGCGGCCUAUGCCGCUCCUCUGAAUGAGGAUGAUAAAAUUGUCGGGGGCUAUGAGUGCACUAAGAAUGGUGUUCAAUAUCAGGUUUCUCUGAACAGUGGCUACCACUUUUGUGGUGGUUCUCUGAUCAGCAACCUCUGGGUCGUGUCUGCUGCUCACUGUUACAAGUCUCGUAUCGAGGUGCGUCUUGGUGAGCAUAACAUUGAUGCCAGUGAGGGCACAGAGCAGUUCAUUAACUCUGUAAAGGUCAUCAGACACCCCAGCUACAACAGCAAUAAUCUGGACAACGACAUCAUGCUGAUUAAACUCAGCCAGGCCGCCAUCCUGAACCAAUAUGUUAAGACCGUUGCUCUGCCUUCAGGCUGUGCUGCUGCUGGUUCCAACUGCCUGAUCUCUGGAUGGGGAAACACUAGCGCAACCGGAAGCAACUACCCCAGCCGUCUGAUGUGCCUGCAAGCUCCUAUCUUGAGCGACAGCACCUGUAGAAAUGCCUACCCAGGUGAGAUCACCUCCAACAUGUUCUGCGCUGGCUUCAUUGAGGGAGGCAAGGACUCCUGCCAGGGUGACUCUGGUGGCCCAGUUGUAUGCAGCGGUCAAUUGCAGGGUAUUGUGUCCUGGGGUUAUGGUUGUGCCCAGAGAAACAGACCUGGUGUUUACACCAAGGUUUGCAACUACACCACCUGGAUCAGAAACACCAUGAGCUCCAAUUAGACUUGCAUCCAUUUGAUGAGAAAUAAAUGACUUAUUGCACACCUUAA